AUGGCAGACCACCUUCAGCCAGAACAGAAGACCGAGCUGCCCCUCAGCUCUCUCACUCGAGCUCUAUCCGAAAUAUCAUCCAUCCAGGUGGAAAAGAAGCGCAAAAUCUCCAUCCACCCAGAAAAGCCAGUUAAAGAUUUCUACGAGGUGCAAAAUGAGGAGAUCCGGUCAUUUCUCAAGCCUGUGGAGCAGCAUCAGCAGUCACUGGAGGACACCCAAACUGCCUCAGGCCUCCGGUAUCAGAUCGCCGUCAAAGGCAGCCUCUGCGCCAACGUCUGCCUCUCGGGGCUGCAGCUCUACGCCGCCAUCUCGUCAGGUUCCCUGUCGCUAAUUACAACAAUGGUCGACUCGUGCUUUGACCCGUUCUCGGGACUUCUACUCUAUUUGGCCCACCGGACAGUGACAAAAGCCAGCCCGACGAAAUACCCGGUCGGCAGGGCGCGCAUCUCCACAGCAGGCAACAUCGUGUUCUCGUUCGUCAUGUUCACCGUGUCGGUCGUGAUCUUGGUCCAGGCCCUCCAGACCUUCAUAAAAGGCUCCACCGACGAGACGCGGCCCUUCUUCCUGCCCUCCAUCAUCUCGGUGUCGGCGGCCUUCGCCACCAAGUUCUGCCUCUUCCUGUACUGCUGGACCAUCAAGCAUCUGUUCUCCCAGGUGGAGAUUCUCUGGCGGGACCACCGCAACGACCUUUUCCUCAACGGCUUUGGUAUUCUGACGUCGCUCGGGGGUAGCAAGCUGCGCUGGUGGAUCGACUUGAUGGGUGCGACCAUAUUGUCCGUCACGAUAGCUGCGCUCUGGCUCCAUACGGCGUACGACGAGUUCCAGCUCAUCAUCGGGGUUUCCGCAGAGCGCGAGACGCUAAGGUUGAUCACUUACAUCGCAAUGACCCACUCCCCCGAGAUACAGCAGAUCGACACCGUCCGCGCGUAUUACUGCGGCCCUCGACUGAUUGCGGAGGUCGACGUUGUCAUGAACAAAGACGAACGCGUCGAGGUUGCACACGACGUCGCGGAGGAAUUGCAGAUCAAGCUGGAGAAGCUUCCCUCGGUAGAAAGGGCCUACGUCCACAUAGACUAUGAAACAAGUCACAAGCCGGAGCAUUGUUUGAAGAAAUUGACAUGA